AUGGAAAAAUCUGGUAAUCACGCUUCUUCCUCUUCUCCUCCCACAACCAGUGCAUAUGAUUUAGCGAUGAGCAUUGCAAGAUCUUUAGGACAUCAGGAAUUAGGGAAGUUGAAGGAUGUUGUUCAGGCAAAGAUUGAUUGGCGUCAACGAGAGAUAGAGAGGCAGAAGAGGAAAGAGGAUAAUGCUUUUAAAUUUGCUACAUGGAAGGAGAAAAGGAUGAGAUGUGGAAGUGCAACAGAGACGGAAUCAUAUGAAGAUGAAGGGAAUGAAUAUUACAUUGAGGAGAUUGAUUCAAGACAGGAAGAUUCAGAUACCGCUGAGGAGAAGCGAAGGAUGGUGAAGUAUGAGGAAGAUAGGCUUUAUAGGCGAUAUCUGCAAGAGAAUGCCAAUCCUGCAAUUUUCUCAAGGACCAUGCAUGAAGGUGAGUCUUAUGAUGAUGAUGAAGAGUUGCUUGAGGAUGAGAGUGAUGCAAGUGCUGAAUCAGAUGCUUCUGAAAGUUCUGAUGAUGGUUAUGGGCCUCCUGCUUCAUCUGGAAGUGAGUACAACAAUGCAAGUGAUGAGGAAGAUGAAUGGAGUUACGAUGGGGAAGAUUAUUAA